AGAAGUCAUUUGAUUUAACCGGCGGCAAUUACUAUUUCGAUGCGCGCUUAUUCACGAAAUUUAUUUCAGUUCUUUUACCUGGACCACAAUGGGCAGAGGAAGAAAGAGAGGAGGUCGCGGUGGAGGCGGUCGCGGAAAACCCAAACCCGAUGAAUACCGCACAGAUCUUAUCGAAAAAUCUGACAUGAAGAACGAGCGGUUUUUUGCCUACUAUAAAGCACAGAAGAUUAUUCCGGACGAAGAAUGGGAAGACUUUCUGGAUGCACUCAGAACUCCUUUGCCUACGACGUUCAGAGUUGCCGGUAGUAGACAGAUAGCAAAGUCGUUGAAUGAAACUAUUAAAAAUGUUCAUGUACCUCUCUUGAGCAAUGUUACAUUUGAAGAUCAAAAACUUCCUCCCCCAGUACAACUUCCUUGGUAUCCGGACGGACUAGCAUGGCAAUUCAACAUACCCAAAAAGGUGCUCAGAAAGUCACCCGAGUUCAAAAAGUUCCAUUCAUUCCUCGUCUUUGAAACGGAAGUUGGCAAUAUUUCAAGACAAGAAGCAGUCAGCAUGCUGCCUCCGUUAUUCCUUGAGGUUGAACCUCAUCAUACGGUUAUGGAUAUGUGUGCCGCUCCUGGUUCCAAGACAGCCCAACUGCUUGAAGCCCUUCAUGCUCAAGAUACGCUCACCUCUACUUCCAUCCCCUCUGGUCUCCUAGUUGCCAACGACAGUGACUACAAACGUACUCAUCUUCUUAUACAUCAGUCGGCCCGAUUACCAAGUCCUGCAUUUAUGGUAACCAACCUCGACGCCUCGAAUUACCCUUCGAUAAAACUUUCGGCUGCUUCCAGCACAAAUAGGAAAGAGCAGUUAUUAUUCGAUCGGAUAUUGUGUGAUGUACCAUGCAGUGGGGAUGGAACGCUUCGGAAGAACAUAGGAAUCUGGAAGCACUGGCAGCCUAACGAUGGUAAUGGUCUGCAUGGGUUACAACUGCGUAUUCUUCAGCGAGCAAUGAAGAUGCUCAAAUCGAAUGGACGGAUCGUUUAUUCUACUUGUUCCAUUAACCCGGUCGAGAACGAAGCGGUCAUUGCUGCUGCGCUCGAAAGUAAUCCGGAAUACCAUCUGGUAGAUGUGUCCUCUAAUCUCCCUGAGCUCAAACGGAGGCCCGGGAUGAGUUCAUGGAGACCCACGGCAGACAAAUCCAUCUCUUCCACGUAUCAAACGUACGAGGCCUUCGUUGCUGCUGACCCGCAGGCGGCAACAUCUACGAAAUUAACACCGGGCCAUUGGCCACCUCCUAAUGCCCAUGAACUAAAACUCGAACGGUGCAUGCGGAUAUACCCACAUCUGCAGGAUUCCGGUGGAUUUUUCGUUGCUGUUCUGGAGCGGAAACUCAUAGAGGUUCCUGAAUUCAGGGAAAGGAAACGUACGAUCGAGAAUGUGGAAUCUUCCGAACUAGAAACCAAGAAGCCUCGCCUUGAAAGCGAACCUGAGACCAGUGACACGAUUGUCGAUCCAAUGCCCGGCGUUGAUGUCAAGUCGGUCACUCAAGAAGGAGGCGGCGGUGGCACCAGUAGUGGCAAUGGGUCUUUCAAAGAAAUGCCGUAUACUUUCCUGUCCCCGCGGGAUCCAGCGUUGCUUUCAUGCAUCUCACGUCUACGCCUGACAUCUGAAUUCCCUUCGUCAAAUGUGCUAGUCCGCAAUCCAGAAGGCGAUGUUGUGCGCUCAAUGUACCUUACCAAUGACUUGAUCAAGCAAAUUAUACUUGCGAAUGAUUUUACCAAAAUACGGCUUACCGCUGCCGGAACCAAGGUUUUUACGAAGCAAGAAGGAGGAAAGGGCGUCGAAGCUCAAUACAGGAUUUUGGGAGAAGGGUUGCCUGUUGUUCUUCCAUAUACUGAUCCUACAUCCAUCGUCAAUGGUAACAUGAGUGUUCUCAAGCAUCUAGUGAUGUCGCACUACCCGCUUUGCACAUCUUUCGAAGAAUCUUUCAGGCCUAUCUUGAAUAAUCUAGAUUUGGGAUGUCAUAUUUUCAGGUUCCCCCCAGAAGAACUUGAUGGUGCUUCACUUGCGCAUGAUCUUCUGGUGCCUAUCUGGAAGUCGGGCGUUUCCAUAUCGCUCAUGGUGGACAAGAAAGCUAAAAAUGCUCUGAGUCUUCGUGUAUUUGGAAUAGAAGUUCCUCCUUCCAUACGAGACAAAAAAGCAAGUGCAGAUGGCGGCGAAGUUGCCCCAGCAGGAGAUUUUGUAGAUUUGAAUGAAAAAAUGGAAUCAGAAGCAGGGGCAGAGGGCGAAGCGAUGAUCUUGGAGGAUGUGGAAGUCAAUUCGGAAAUUGAACAGAUUGUUGUACAAGCGUUGUAGGAUACAAAUAUAUAUUAACAAGCUUUAGAACCCGUGCCUUCGCCACGGUGGCUCGCUUUGCUCGCACCG